UCCACUCGCGUCAGUGAACAGCUCUUGGUGCGGAGUUCAGCCUGAUGCAUGCCAUGACUGCUUUCUGCCGGAUACUGCUCCUGUUAUCUGUGGCUGUGGCCCCUGCGGUGACGCGCAGCUCCGAGCGGACGAAGAGAGGCUUACUGGAGCUGGCGGGAACCAUCAAAUGCAGCACGGGGAGAUCUGCUCUGGCUUACAUGAUGUAUGGAUGCUACUGUGGGCUGGGGGGGCAAGGCUGGCCCAGAGACAAGGCGGACUGGUGUUGCCACAGACAUGAUUGCUGUUAUGGAGAUGCAGAGCUUCUUGGGUGCCAAACCAAAACAGACCAGUAUCAGUGGAAGUGUGAGGACAAGGAAGCGGAGUGUGAUGAUCUGGAGGACAAAUGUGAAAAGAUGCUGUGCAAGUGUGACAGAAACGCUGCCAAAUGUUUGAGAAAAGCACCCUUUGAUCGAAAAUAUGCCCUCUGGCCAGAUUUCCUCUGUGGCCACAACCAUCCAAUGUGUAGUAUUUACUGACACAAUAUUCAUUUUGUAUUUUUUUUAAUAUAUAUUUGUAUUGAGUCAGGCACAAUGAGUUACAUUAUAGGGUCUAUAUUCUUCCCUCCCCCCUCCCGGUCCUACAUAGUAAAGUAGAUAAAUAAAUAAAUACAUAUAUAGGUAAUAAUAAAGUAAUGUAAAAAAAAAGAAAUAC